CUUUAUGUGUGUCGGUAGUUUUCCUUUCGGACCGACAGGUGUCACUAACGCGAUGAGAAACUUUAGUCUGACAGAAGAAGUCCUGUGUCCUUCACAACAGCAAACAUGGCGACUGCUACCAAAAUCAUCCAGAGGCUCCGAAAUUUUCUGUCGGGGUAUGACCUGCAAGGCAAGCUCCAGCUGCGAUAUGGGGAGAUUGCAAAGAGGACUCAGCCACCACCCAAACUGCCAGUGGGCCCGAGCCACAAGUUUGCCAGCAACUACUACUGCAAUAGAGAUGGACGCAGAGAGUCGGUUCCCGCCACUGUCAUCAUGUCUUCUCAGAAGGCUCUCACCACCAGCAGUCAAGUUGCUGAGGUCUCAAAGCCUUGUGUGACCCCGGGGGCUGUCUACAGGGAGCCAACGCUCUCUACAGACCUCUGAGCAGCAGGAUUACCUCCCUCAACAAUGACAUAAAUCCUCCCUCCACAUCUGUACAAUAAGAAAUGUGAAUAAAAUGUCUUCUAUUUA